AAUAAGCUUGAGCUGACUGAAAAAAAUAGCCCAACGGUUAUAUUUUGCGGGGUAAUUUGAAAUUAUGUAUGCCUAUUUGCUACUUCCGCAAGAAUAGCGAUUACGAGAAACACAACAUAACGAUGGACAACGCAAACGAUAAUGCAAAGACUAAUGCCGAUCUACUUGCAAUGAACUUUCCUUCAGGCGCUCAGCCUGAUAUAAUUCGUUCGAACCAAAAAGACGUUUACUACCUUGCGGUACUGCAGGAGCAAAUGUCCAGUGUUUGUCAACAGUUCCUCGGAUCGAGACUACAACACCAAUGGCAGAAAGAGAUCAAUACCCUGUCAGACUUUUGUUACUACGGACUGACAACGUUGCUUGGAACACAAACGUUGGGGGAAGAGUACUGUGAUCUGGCCCAGAUCAACCAGUAUGCACAAACAUAUCCUGGUGUCAUUCGACGAGCAUCGCUAGUAUUUGCACAUACUCUUUUACCAUACAUAUACACCCGCACAGUAACAGAGUUGAAACGGCGUGGACGUCGACAACAGCAUACUCGUAACAAUAACGACGAUGAAUCAAUGAGUCUCAAAGACCGAGCCUCGCGCUUUGCUACAGUCUGGUUACAACCAUUGCAGGAAUUCUUUGCCAAGAACGUGCGACCCAUUCAUUUAGCUAUUUUUUACUUUUUCGGUGCCUACUAUAAUUUUUCAAAACGGAUAACCGGUAUUCGCUAUAUUUUUACUCGCCAGUUGGGUCCGCAUGAACAGCGUGUGGGAUACGAAGUCUUGGGUGUGCUCAUCAUUGCCCAGUUGGCCAUCCAAGGCUAUAUGUCUUUGAAGAAGCGCAUGGAGGCUCGCAAGCGGAUCCAGGAAGAAGCAGCGUUGGCAGAAAUCAAAGAAACCGAGGCAUCGGAAAAGGAAGAGCAACAAGUACUUGUUGAUGAUGAUGAUGAUGAUGCUACUGCUAUAAAGGACGAGCAACUUGCAGAUGAUGAAGACUUUGAUUUCAUGGAUAAAUUUGAGGCUGAUGAUCAAGGAGAAGGCGAGCAACAGCAGGGUGAUCAAGAAGAUGAACUCGACGAAGAAGAAAUGCAAAUGCUCAAAUGUGCACUCUGCUUGGAGCCGCGGAAAGUGACAACCUCCACACCUUGCGGCCAUCUGUUUUGCUGGUCAUGCGUGGUCGAAUGGUGCCAAAACAAGGUACAUGAUGUUUUAUAAUUAAGGAUAUAUGCACGCCACAUAUGCAAAGUGAUUGACAUGUUUUGUUUACCUUUUUCUUCCUCCUAUUUCUGCGUCUGUCUAUCGUAGCCUGAAUGUCCUCUGUGCCGUAGUUCGGUGAACAUUUCACAUCUGAUACCAUUGAAUAAUUUCUAGCUUGAUAAUAACAGUGAUAAUAAUUUGCUUUCUUUGUUUUUUGUACUGCUCAAUUGGAGGGACUUUUGAGCCAGGAAAAUACUCGGAUAAUCGUUGUUUGUGGCACCCGGAUUACUAUGCCAUAUAUGGGAUAGGCGUACAAGGGAGGAUGUGGGGUGGAAGUGCAACGUGAGAUGAUAAAUAGCGUCUUAUACGUGUGCAUUUAUCUUUG